GAAUGUCAUCGUCAUCGGUCGAAAAGCCAUCCGUUGCCAAAGGAAACGAAGGUAGCGCUGCCGUCAAGGCACCUGCAACGUUGGAUCAGAGUGUACCGAAGAAAAUUGUUAGCGCUAUACCAAAGCAAAGACAACAGUUGCUCAAAUGGAACGGUUGGGGCUACAAGGACUCGCGCUUCCUCUACCAGGAUGGUACGAUUGUUUUCACUGGCGAUAGGUAUCCUAUUGGGGGAAAAGUUUCGCUCCCACACUUUCGUGACUAUGUGAUCGAAAACUUCAACGUCGAUCUAUCCGACCGGCGGGAAGGUGUCCCAGUGCCGAACGAAUUUCCCGACCCGGUACCAUGCCCAGAGUUUCUGGAGGAUGUAAAGCGAGCCGGCAUCGAUUGUACACAGAACGGAGAAGAUCGGUUGAUUCGCUGUCAUGGACAAACACUGCACGACGUACACAUGAUGCGUACCGGAACGUUUAAACGUAUCCCGGAUGUGGUUCUGUUUCCCACCUCACACGAACAGGUAGAACAAAUUGUCCGCUCCGCCAACCGGCACAAUGUGGUGCUUAUACCGUACGGUGGUGGUACUUCCGUUUCCGGUUCCGUCACUUGCCCGGAAGCUGAGACGCGGCCCAUCGCAGCACUCGAUACGUCGCAGAUGAACCGGAUGUUGUGGAUCGAUCGUCAAAAUCUGGUCGCCUGCUUUGAGGCUGGUAUUGUGGGACAGGAUUUGGAGCGUGAACUGCGUCAGCUAGGGUUCACCGUUGGCCACGAACCGGACAGUUACGAGUUUUCCACGCUCGGUGGUUGGGUAGCGACCCGUGCCUCCGGCAUGAAGAAGAACGUGUACGGAAACAUCGAAGAUUUGUUGAUCCGAGUGAAAAUGGUUACCAGCCAGGGCGUGUUGGAACGCAGCUUGGCAGUGCCUCGCGUAUCCUGUGGGCCCGAUUUCAACCAUCUCGUGCUGGGCUCGGAAGGGACGUUAGGUGUCAUCACGGAGGUGGUCAUCAAGAUUCGUCCGCUGCCACAGGUCAAACGAUACGGGUCGCUCGUCUUUCCUGACUUCGGGUCCGGUAUUCGGUGUUUGCGGGAAGUUGCCCGAGAGCGGCUACAACCGGCCAGCAUACGGCUCAUCGACAAUGAACAGUUUGUGUUUGGACAGGCGCUCAAAAUUCCGGGCGGCCCACUGGCGACGGUUGCCGACCAGCUGAAGAAGGUGUACCUAACGCGGGUGAAACGGUUGCAGCUAGAUCGUAUUGCGAUUGCAACACUGCUGUUCGAAGGUCACGAAGCGCAAGUCAAGCCGCACGAGGCAAAGAUUUUUGCGAUCGCUAAACGUUACGGGGGUUUCUCGGCCGGAAGCAGCAACGGUGAAAAAGGUUACAUUCUCACCUUCGUCAUCGCAUAUAUCAGGGAUCUGGCCUUGGACUACAGCAUUGUGGCCGAAUCAUUCGAAACCUCCGUAUCUUGGGAUCGUUGCGAAGCGCUUUGCACCAACGUGAAAAGCUGCGUCCGAAAGGAAUGUGCCAAACACAACAUUCAACACUACCUCAUCUCGUGCCGGGUAACCCAAACGUACGAUGCCGGCGCGUGUGUGUACUUUUACUUUGGCUUCAACCAUGCCGGCUUCGCGAACCCUGUCACCAUUUAUGAGGAAAUCGAGAACAAAGCACGCGAUGAAAUUCUCGCAUCGGGUGGUUCGAUCUCGCAUCAUCACGGUGUUGGCAAAAUUCGAUCGCGCUGGUACCCACAGAGUGUGUCCGACGUCGGUGUGCAGCUGUACAAAGCAACCAAGCGGGAAUUGGAUCCGAACAAUAUUUUUGCUGCCGGAAAUCUUAUACCGAGCGAAUUGCAGGACAGCCGCGAACCUAACAGCUUGAAGGCUAAACUUUAA